ACACAAAGGUGUCAUCUAGUAGUGGAUGUUUGUAUGCUUGCUAUUAGAAAGGUGAGCAACCAGGCAGGGGCAAAAAAAAAGGCAGAGUGCAGUGAGGAAAAGCUAACUAGCCAAGAAGGAUAUGGAGAAAGAGGUGGUGGGAAUGAGUGAGUCCAGAUUCAAGAGGAUUUGUGUCUUCUGUGGUAGUAGCCAUGGCAGGAAGAGGAGCUACCAGGAUGCUGCCAUAGACCUUGCUCAUGAGCUGGUCUCAAGGAACAUUGACCUGGUUUAUGGUGGUGGGAGUGUUGGAUUGAUGGGAUUGAUCUCCCAAGCUGUUUAUGAUGGAGGGAGGCAUGUUAUUGGAGUGAUUCCCAAGACUCUCAUGCCUCGAGAGAUAACUGGUGUGACAGUGGGAGAGGUGAAGGCAGUGGCAGACAUGCACCAAAGAAAAGCAGAGAUGGCCAGGCGUUCUGAUGCCUUCAUUGCAUUGCCUGGAGGAUAUGGAACUCUUGAGGAGUUGCUUGAAGUCAUAACAUGGGCUCAAUUAGGCAUACAUGACAAGCCGGUUGGAUUACUGAAUGUGGAUGGAUACUAUAAUUCAUUGCUUUCAUUCAUAGACAAAGCUGUAGAAGAAGGUUUCAUUAACCGGGGUGCCCAAAAUAUCAUUGUCUCCGCUCCUACAGCAAAGGAACUUGUGAAGAAAUUAGAGGAAUAUUCUCCUUGCCAUGACAGAGUUGUUUGUAAGCUGAAAUGGGAGUCUGAGCAGCAGAUUGGGCAAUCCCCUGUUUGUGGACUUACAAGAUAAGAGUGAUAACAAUAUUCUUCUUCAUGGAUGAAUUAAUGAAUUGUCAAGAGGGAAUGGACUAGUAGAAAAUUUAUCCAACUUUUUAUACACUCUUUUGUGGGGGAAUUUAUUUUUGUAAUAUAUCACAAGAAAAACCUCAAAAUGUAGAACUUCAGUGUAGUAUUUCUCUUCAUUAGAUUCCUAAUCCAUCUUUUUCAUUCAUCA